AAGCCCCGCUCCUCGUCGGAGCUUUCAUUGGCUCAGGGCACGCUGCCGACUUGACGCCAUUGCCUGUCUUCGUCACCCUGCGUCUAUGUCGUUGCCAAGGUGAUUGAAGAAAGGCGUUUUUUGCGUCGCCGCUCACGCAAUGCAAACUACAUUAUCCAGAAGGACCCUCGCAGAGCAUCAGGGCUGGUAUUGGCAGCCCAGGGGACGGGCACUUCCGGGCGGGGCGUAAAGACGAUGGUCAAUCACAGCCUGCAGGCGGGACUUCCGUCGUCGUCCUCGGACCGUCACUUCGGCGUUUAUCGGUUUUGUCUGCACCUGAAGGGACCGCGUUUCCAGGCGAGGGACGUAAUCUUGGGAGCUUCCUGGGCCCGUGAAAGCAGGAGCGAGGAAGGCACGAGAGUCAGAGAAGUUCUGCCUCCGUGACAUAUAAGCGCCCCUACCGCGACGAAUAUUGCCCCCACGAACCCCAGCGUUUCCCGCUGCCGCAGAUAAAGCCGGCCCAGUGGGACACUUUGGCCGCACCGCGCGGAAGUGUCCGCGGCUUCCGGGGGUCGUCAUUGGCGUUGUGUCGGCUUUAUGGGGCGCGAGGCCGAGGCCAAGAAAAGCUGCGCGUUUAGAGGUCGUGACCCAGCGUACGGCCGGCUCCGGGCAUGGAACGUGUGCCAGGGGUCUCCUGGCACCCACUCGGCUGGACUCAUCACCAUUGUCCUAACUCUCUGAUUGAGAAGUAUCUGCUCAGGUCCCCCGCGGCCCUACCGAACAGUGUGGAGCGUUCACAGGUGGGGGAGAGGGGCGUCACCAUUUCAAAAUCCAGUUUCUUGAGACGUGGAGGGUACAGGAGGAGGGAUCUGCAUAUGCGAAGAUUUAGACGUGAGACUGACCCAAGCGUUCAGGAAGGCUCUCGUGCCCCCUCGGCAGCGAGUGGAGAGCGUAAGAGGAGUCCUGCCUCUCCUGACACUGAGGGUGCUGGGAGCCAUGAAAGGUUUUGGACAGAAAAGGGAUGGACAUGAUCUGAGCUAGACUUUUGAAAGUAUUCCAGUGGCUGCCGAAUGAACACACUACUGGAGAAGGAUCUGAUGGCCUUUGAGGAUGUGGCCGUGUACUUCUCCCAGGAGGAAUGGGGGCUCCUGGACACAGCACAGAGGGCCCUGUACCGCCAUGUGAUGCUGGAAAACUUCACACUUGUGACCUCACUUGGACUCUCCACCUCCCGACCUCUUGUGGUCAUCCAACUUGAGCAUGGUGAGGAGCCCUGGGUUCCCAGCGUGAAGGACAUGACCUUGGCCAGGAACGCCUAUGGGAGGCACAACACUGGUGCCUGGCGUUUGGAAGAGGAUGGAGAUGUUUCUGGAGAAGCAGCAUGGCCAGGGGCCUUCCCAGAUACUCCACCUGUGAUGACUGCUAGUGUCUUCCCUGUUGACGCUGCCUGCCACAGUACAGAAGGCCUGCAGCAACAACGGGGUGCCUCCCCAUCUCGGGAGAGAAAACCCACGGGGGUGUCGGUGAUCUACUGGGAGAGGCUCCUGCUAGGCUCAGGUAGGGACCAGGCCAGCAUCAGCCUGCGACUGACCUCCCCGCUCAGGCCCCCUAAGAGCAGCCGGCCCAGGGAAAAGACCCUCACAGAGCACCUAGUGCCUAGGAGGCAGUCCAGGGUGCCCAAGCGUCAGAAGCCAUGUGCGCCGGAGGCCCCUGGGAGAGCCUUCGGGAACGCCCUGGACCUGAAGUCCGCCAGUGGUGGAGGGGAUCAUGGAAUGGGUGCGGCUUGGCAAGAGCCUCAGAGACUGCUCCAGGAGCCUUCGACCUGGGAUGAGCUGGGCGAGGCUCUCCACGCUGGGGAAAAGUCCUUCGAAUGCAGGGCGUGCAGCAAAGUGUUCGUGAAGAGCUCCGACCUCCUCAAGCACCUACGCACCCACACAGGGGAGCGGCCCUAUGAGUGCUCCCAGUGCGGCAAGGCCUUCAGCCAGACGUCGCACCUGACGCAGCACCAGCGCAUCCACAGCGGCGAGACGCCCUACACGUGCCCCGCGUGUGGCAAGGCCUUCAGGCACAGCUCCUCACUGGUACGGCACCAGCGCAUCCACACGGCUGAGAAGUCCUUCCGCUGCUCCGAGUGCGGCAAGGCCUUCAGCCACGGCUCCAACCUCAGCCAGCACCGCAAGAUACACGCGGGCGGACGUCCCUAUGCCUGUGCACAGUGUGGCCGCCGCUUCUGCCGCAACUCGCACUUGAUCCAGCACGAGCGCACGCAUACAGGCGAGAAGCCCUUUGUGUGUGCACUCUGCGGUGCCGCCUUCAGCCAGGGCUCCUCACUCUUUUUGCACCAGCGUGUGCACACGGGCGAGAAGCCUUUUGCUUGCGCACAGUGCGGCCGCUCCUUUAGCCGCAGCUCCAACCUGACCCAGCACCAGCUCCUGCACACAGGCGAGCGGCCCUUCCGCUGCGGGGACUGUGGCAAGGGUUUCGCCAAGGGCACUGUGCUGCUGAGCCACCAGCGCAUUCACACGGGCGAGAAGCCCUUCGUGUGCACGCAGUGUGACCGUGCCUUCCGUGAGCGCCCAGCCCUCUUGCACCACCAGAGGAUCCACACAACAGAGAAGACCAAUGCUGGAGCAGCAGACUGCACCCCUGCACCAAGACUCCUUCCAGUGCAUCGUCGGAAGGACCAGAUGGCCUUCGAGGAUGUGGCUGUGUACUUCUCCCAGGAGGAGUGGGGGCUCCUAGACACAGCCCAGAGGGCCCUGUACCGCCGCGUGAUGCUAGACAACUUUGCACUUGUGGCCUCACUGGGACUCUCCACCUCUCGACCUCGUGUGGUCAUCCAGCUCGAGCGUGGCGAGGAGCCCUGGGUUCCUAGUGGAACGGACAUGACCAUGUCCAGGAACACCCACAGGAGGCGCAAUUCUGGUUUCUGGAGUUUGGCAGAAGAUGGAGAUGUUUCUGGAGAAGCAGCAAGGCAACCGGCUUUUCCAGAUACCCUACCCGUAAUGACUACUAGUGUCUUCCCUGUUGCCGGUGCCUGCCACAGUACAGAAGGCCUGCAGCAACAACGGGGUGCCUCCCCAUCUCGGGAGAGAAAACCCACGGGGGUGUCGGUGAUCUACUGGGAGAGGCUCCUGCUAGGCUCAGACAGUGGGCAAGCUAGCAUCAGCCUGCGACUGACGUCCCCACUCAGGACUCCUGAGGUUGGCCAGCUUAGGGAAGAGACCCUCACAGAGCACCCGGUGCCUGGGAGGCAGCCUAGGACGCCUCAGCAGCAGAAGCCAUGUGCGCUGGAGGCCCCUGGGAGACCCUUCGGGAACGCCCCGGACGUGGAGGCCGCCAGCGGUCAGGGGAAUCACGGAAUGGGUUCAGCUUGGCAGGAGCCUCAGAGACUGCUCGGUGGCCAGGAGCCUUCGACCUGGGAUGAGCUGGGCGAGGCUCUCCACGCUGGGGAAAAGUCCUUCGAAUGCAGGGCGUGCAGCAAAGUGUUCGUGAAGAGCUCCGACCUCCUCAAGCACCUACGCACCCACACAGGGGAGCGGCCCUACGAGUGCUCCCAGUGCGGCAAGGCCUUCAGCCAGACGUCGCACCUGACGCAGCACCAGCGCAUCCACAGCGGCGAGACGCCCUACGCCUGCCCCGCGUGUGGCAAGGCCUUCAGGCACAGCUCCUCACUGGUGCGGCACCAGCGCAUCCACACGGCUGAGAAGUCCUUCCGCUGCUCCGAGUGCGGCAAGGCCUUCAGCCACGGCUCCAACCUCAGCCAGCACCGCAAGAUACACGCGGGCGGACGUCCCUAUGCCUGUGCACAGUGUGGCCGCCGCUUCUGCCGCAACUCGCACCUGAUCCAGCACGAGCGCACGCAUACAGGCGAGAAGCCCUUUGUGUGCGCGCUCUGCGGUGCCGCCUUCAGCCAGGGGUCCUCGCUGUUUAAGCACCAGCGUGUGCACACGGGCGAGAAGCCCUUCGCCUGCGCACAGUGCGGCCGUGCCUUUAGCCACAGCUCCAACCUGACCCAGCACCAGCUCCUGCACACAGGCGAGCGGCCCUUCCGCUGCGGGGACUGUGGCAAGGCCUUCGCGAAGGGCGCUGUGCUGCUGAGCCACCGGCGCAUUCACACGGGCGAGAAGCCCUUCGUGUGCACGCAGUGUGGUCGCGCCUUCCGUGAGCGCCCGGCCCUCUUCCACCACCAGAGGAUACAUACCGGUGAGAAGACCGUCCGGCGAUCCAGGGCCAGCCUGCAGCCCCAGGCCAGGUCUGUUUCUGGGGCAUCAACAGAAGGUGCGCCAGUGAAGGAAAGCGAGCCCACUCCCGCCUUGGGCCCAGCCGCAGUUUCGGAGCCAGCGGAGGUCUGAGGUCACAGGUUGCAGCCUCGCCCUUUCUUGGCCUUCUGUGAAUCCCUUCCACAUCUAAAGGGCAUAUGUCCUCUGCAGAUCCACAGCAGGGAAAAAGCCUUGUACUUGUUAGGCAGGGAUAAGGGAGCCCCUUUGGCUGUGAUUUCAUUUGCACGUGGGGACUGAAUUUGCCAGUAUCUGCAUCCCCAAAGAAGUAGCACUGUAGAAACAUCAGCGGGAGGACAUGGUGGCUGAAACUCUAGUUGGGCCAGGACUAUUAAGAGCCAGUAGGAGGCUGACAGUCACAGCACUGCAAUGUGGUACUGCUUCAUGUGUUACAACAGUGGAUGCUAAGGUGAGGGACAUGUGGACAUAGGUUGUGUGACCCAGAGAAACUUAUCUGCACACAAACUAGCUGCUGGAUAGAUGCUGAGGGCAUUCUCCUCCCCCUGCCCCCACCCGUUACCACUGCCACUGUUCAUCCAAGGCUUCCUAGGGGCCAGCCUAGCAGACAGGAGACCACAAGUGAUGGGAUCAGGAUGUGGGCUCAUAGUGUCAGCCACUGCCUCUGGGAAAAAGGUUUGGGUCUACCAAACAUCAUGUUUUCAGAUACUGACAGGUGGAGUCCUAAUGAGAGCCAACAUGUGCUUACUGUCGGCUCCUGUCUUAAGUGCUGGGAAAUUUCUCUUGAAGCUCUGAGAGAUGGCUGCUGUGGCUGGUAUCACCCCUUGGAAGAUGAGGAAACUGAGGCACACAGGCAGAGGUGAGUUGCCAUGGCACACAGCAGAGCUGGGACCCAAGCCCAGGUGGACUGACCCAGCGUCCAGAUACCUCAUCUCCUGGGCUGCACUCUGGCCAGGUAUGAGGGCCUGUCCUGGCUUCACAUAGCCGACUCAGCAUAGGGAUGCCCAUGGGGGAACAUGUGGCUCUCAGCAUUGGAAGGACAGAGCUAGGAUGAUGGCUUUCCAGUGGCACUUGCUCAGGUUUUGGUCCAAGUCUCAGCUUGGCCAAGGCCUGUCACUGACUUGUUUACUAAAAUUGAUGUGAUGAGGAGCCUUUACUUCUGAGGGGACAAUGUUAACUUCAGACAAGAUGGAGCUGCUCAUUUUUGCUGGGUUUGGUGGCCACUUCCCCCCCCACACCCCGUCUCACCUUACCCCCAUUAUCCCUCCUCAGUUGGAGGCCGGACAGAGAACUGAAUAGGAACGACUUGCCAUUACCUAAGGCCAUGUGUGACAUCCUCCUGAUGACCUCCCCACCCCAGUGUAAUGGCCCUGCAUGGCAGGAACAGAAAGGUGGACUGGGGGCUAUUUGCUUCCUGUGGCCUUCAGCAGACCAGGCCCUGUCCCUACCUGGAGCCUCACCUCCAAGGAAAUUCAAGGUCUCUUUCAUGAAAAAAAAAAAAAAAA